UACGCGUCCGGCCGACCCGGGUUCUGGGAACCACACGAUGAAGCUCAAGAGCCUCCUGCUCCGGUACUACCCCCCAGGAAUCUUGCUGGAAUAUGAAAAGAGUGGAGAACUAAAGACAAAAUCUAUAGACUUGCUCGAUCUCAAUCCAGGCACUGAUGUCAAUGCCUUAGUGGAAGAGAUACAAGUAGCAGAGCCUCUCAUCACAGCUUCCAGAACAGACCAAGUGAAACUCUUAAUACAGAGACUGCAAUAUAAACUCGGCCAGCACAGCACACACAAAUUCUACCUUUUUAAGGUUCUCAGGGCACAUAUAUUGCCAUUGACCAAUGUCGCGUUAAAUAAAUCGGGCUCAUGCUUUAUCACCGGGAGCUAUGACCGGACAUGCAAGCUCUGGGACACUGCCUCGGGAGAAGAGCUUCACACCCUGGAGGGGCACAGGAACGUGGUUUAUGCCAUCGCAUUCAACAAUCCUUACGGUGAUAAAAUUGCCACUGGGUCCUUUGAUAAGACAUGUAAACUAUGGAGUGUGGAGACGGGGAAAUGUUAUCAUACCUUUCGGGGCCAUACAGCAGAAAUAGUGUGUUUAUCGUUCAACCCCCAGAGCACGCUGGUGGCCACGGGCAGCAUGGACACGAGGGCCAAGCUCUGGGACAUCCGCAGCGGGGAGGAGGUGUGCACGCUGGCGGGACACUCAGCCGAGAUCAUCUCCUUGUCCUUUGACACCUCGGGAAACAGAAUCAUCACUGGGUCUUUUGAUCACACGGUGGCACUGUGGGAUGCUGCCACUGGCAGGAAGAUUUAUACCUUGAUUGGUCAUUGUGCGGAGAUUAGUAGUGCCUUGUUCAACUGGGACUGCUCUUUGAUGUUAACCAGCUCCAUGGACAAAACAUGCAUGCUGUGGGAUACUACAAGUGGAAAAUGUGUAGCUACAUUAACAGGCCACGAUGAUGAAAUACUAGACAGCUGUUUUGAUUACACCGGAAAGUUAAUUGCUACUGCUUCAGCAGAUGGGACAGCCAGGGUGUUCAGCGCAACUGCCAGGAAAUGUAUCACCAAACUGGAAGGUCAUGAAGGUGAAAUUUCAAAGAUUUGUUUCAACCCCCAAGGGAACCGCCUUCUCACCGGCAGCUCCGACAAGACGGCCAGACUGUGGGACGCCCAGACGGGGCAGUGCCUGCAGGUGCUGGAGGGCCACACGGACGAGAUCUUCUCCUGCGCCUUCAACUACAAGGGCGACAUCAUCAUCACAGGCAGCAAAGAUAACACCUGCAGGAUAUGGCGCUGACGGAGGAGCGGCGCCCAGGAGCAGACGCUGCGGCGGGCCCAGAUUUCACAGACAGAAGUAGACUAUUUUGAUAUUUCAUGUAUUUUCUUCUUUUUCACAUCAACCAUUUAUACACUGCCCUCUGCUUCGCAGAUAGGACCAUUAAAACUGGUACAGUUGUGCCAUUUCUUGAUCCUAUUUGAUGGAGAUGGCAGGAAUCAGCGUGACGUUGGACAAACGUUGCUGGUUAUUUCAAUCUUAUUUUAUGUUUGAACAACGUCAUGCAGGAGAAAUGAAAGGGACUCUAUUGCGUGUCUCUUUGGUAGGCUGUUGUCAUUUCUCUUGAAUAAAGUUUCUGGAAAAAAA